UCUCUACCGAUGCGCUCUGUCUCUCUCUCUCUCUCUCCUCUUCCUUCUGAAGAAAGCAAUGGCCCACCCCCGAACAAACGUCCACAUUAUUCCAACCCGGUAAAGCUCCAACUCCAAGACAAAACCUUCAUUACUCUUUCCCUCUCUCUUUUCUCUCUCUCGGCGCUCUCGUUCCCGACAACGCAGCUGUUAACGCCCGCCUAAUGGAUCCAAUCCAUCACCUUCUCCAGCUGAGGGAAGAAGGGCAUUUGCUUCUUCAUAUAUUCGGUCCUUUUGGGUGGUGAGUGAAGUCUCCGCCGCUGGAGAGAGGAAGGCUCCGACACCUCGAGGCGGUAGAAGAUGGGUGGUCGUCCUGUUUCGUUGAUGGGUCUCUGUUUCUGGGUUUGCAUGUUCGGCUACGGCGUGGUUAGUGCUGAUUCGCAGAGCUCGCCUGGGGAGGGUACUGUUCAGGUGAACGUCUCCGUUGGGGAACGUGCCAUUGCGGAGAUCGACGAGGAUUUCGUGUGCGCGACUUUGGAUUGGUGGCCUCCCGAGAAGUGUGACUAUGGAGUCUGUAGCUGGCACCGUGCUUCUCUGCUCAAUCUGGACCUUAGCAAUAAGAUAUUACUUAAUGCAGUGAAGGCAUUUUCACCAUUAAAGAUCAGAUUGGGUGGUACUCUACAAGACAAGGUCUUAUACAGCACUCCGGAUACUAAACAACCCUGUACUUCAUUUGUAAAGGACAAUUCAACUAUGUUUGGAUUCACUCAGGGAUGCCUACCCAUGGCUAGGUGGGAUCAGCUGAAUGCUUUUUUCGAGGAAUCUGGCGCGAAGAUUAUUUUUGGAUUAGAUGCUCUUAAUGGACGAACAAUACCGCCUCAAGGCCCUGCAGUGGGCGCUUGGGACUCAACAAAUGCUGAAUCUUUUAUACGCUAUACUGUCAGCAAAAACUACACGAUUUUUGGUUGGGAACUCGGGAAUGAACUGAGUGGGAGGGGAGUCGGUACAAGAGUAACAGCGAGCCAGUACGCGUCUGACACAAUCUCUCUGAAGAACUUGGUACUAGACAUUUACAAGGACGUAGAACCAAAGCCUCUAAUCCUAGCGCCAGGAGGAUUUGUUGACAGUGUCUGGUACAAGGAAUUCCUGGACAAAACGCCAAAAUCCUUGGAUGUAAUUACUCAUCACAUCUACAAUCUGGGAUCAGGAGCUGAUCAGCACCUUGUUGAAAAGAUUCUCAAUCCAACUGUACUUGACGGUGAACUUGCAACAUUCAGAAAUCUGCAAAGCAUAAUCAAAAGUUCUGCUUCUGCUACUUCGGCUGUUGCGUGGGUUGGUGAAGCAGGAGGAGCUUACAACAGUGGCCGGGAUCAUGUUUCAAAUACUUUUUUAUAUAGCUUCUGGUAUCUGGAUCAGAUGGGAAUGGCAUCUACUUUUGAUACAAAAACAUACUGCAGACAAGCAUUUAUUGGUGGAAAUUAUGGUUUGCUCGAUGCAACUUCUUUCAUUCCAAAUCCUGACUACUACAGUGCUCUGCUUUGGCACCGCCUCAUGGGGAGAAAUGUUCUGGGAGCAAGCUUAUCUGGAUCGGACAAGAUCCGCACUUAUGCUCAUUGUGCAAAAGCCUCUAAAGGGGUCAUGUUGAUUUUCAUAAAUCUUGAUGGCAACUCCACUGCUGAGGUCACAAUUGUUAAUAACGGAACACGGAUGCGCAGUCGUAGACACUACACCUUUGGAAAAAAGGUCAUUCAGUUUCCACAAGAUUUCACUGAUGAAAACGUGAGAGAAGAAUACCAUUUGACACCCAAGGAUGGGGAUCUGGUUAGCCAAACAAUGCUGCUCAAUGGAAAUAUUUUAGCUGUGAGUUCAUCAGGCGAAAUACCUGCUUUCAAGCCUAAAUAUGUGAAUUCAUCAAGCUCAAUAGUGGUUGCCCCUCAUUCAAUUGUAUUUGCUCAUAUGCCAUAUUACGCCAUACCUGAUUGUAGUUGAGAGGAAGAAGGCACAAUUUGGUGGUUAUAUUCCUACCAUUGGUUAAGCAGGAAAAUAAUACCAAUGUAUUUAAUCA